AAAAAAAAAAACUUACCAAAUAAAUAAUUGUCAAAUUUAUUUAUAGUUUAUAUAUACACCUAUUAUAUUAUGUUGUGUAAAUGAGCAUAUCCAAAACAAAAACAAAGUCAACACUAUAUAUGGGAAGUAUUUUAAGAAUCUGCCAUCAUCAAACCCAAUAAUAAUAAUUUAGUAUAUCAUAUAUGGAUUCGUUUCUCUUGCUAUAGUAUUUUUAAGCUUAUAAAAAUCUUAGAUUCAAACUUUGAACUUGUUAACAAAACCCCAAAAUCGAUGCAAGGCUAUCUGAUUAAAUUAAUAUUUAUAAUAUACAAUCACAUUUCACAAUAUUGGAGUGUUUUUGAGAUAUGGAUGAAAAUGUGAAGCUACAUGGCCAUUGGGACAGCCCCUUUAGCUGCAGGGUGAUAUGGGCACUAAAACUAAAAGGCAUACCUUACCAAUACAUAGAAGAAGACCUUCAAACUAAGAGUGAGUUGCUUUUGAAGUACAAUCCAAUUCACAAGAAGGUACCUGUGCUUGUUCAUGGUGGAAAACCCAUCUGUGAGUCCAUGAUCAUCAUCCAAUACAUCGAUGACACAUGGCCACAUAUUCGCCCUUUGCUUCCCAAGGACCCUUAUCAAAGAGCCUUAGCUCGAUUUUGGAUCACUUUCUCUGAUGACAAGGUUUCUUUGAUUUGGAAAGUGUUCACAACUAGUGGUGAAGAACAAGAGAAAUGGAAGAAGGAAUGUUUAGAGAUGUUGAGAACUAUAGAAGAUGAGGCUCUAAUGAUGAAUAAUGAGAAGUAUUUCUUUGGAGAAGAGAUUGGAAUAGUAGAUAUUUGCUUUGGAUGGUUAACUCAUUGGUUUGAAGUGAUUGAAGAAGUGUGUGGAUUGAGGCUACUUGAGGCUCAAACAUUCCCUAAGUUACACUCAUGGAUUCAAAAUUUCAAACAACAUCAUUCCAUCAAUCAAACUCUUCCUCAUUAUGAUCAAAUGGUUAUCUAUUUUAAGGGUUUGAGGGAAAGGUUCCUAGCCUAGCUACUUAAUUUAAUAUUCCUAUAAAAUGCUAAAUGCAUUGUACUGCAUAUUUUAUUUUAUGUACUUUGAUUUGAGAUGGCUUAUAAUAAUUAACAAUUGUUUAAUCAAUUUAACUGUUAAAUAUUCAAUAAUUAUAGA